AUGGGGAAAAACAAAUCUGUAAUUUCAACAGGCUCCAAAGACAGUGGUGGAGCCAGUAUAGCAUCGAUAACUUCAAAUCGAUCAACCUUCUCGACCAUGGCAUCAUCAAAGAAUACGGCUGCGAAAAAGAAUUCCGCUCAGCAACUAAAGAAAACAUCGGCCUCGGUCAUUGACUCAAAGAAGGCUCCUUCCGUGUAUGAUGAGAUUUUGAAAACCGCUUUCAAGAAGAAGCCUGUGCCAUCAACGAGCUCUAAAGGUCAUACCACUGAUAACAUCAAGCAAGAAAAGAAGAAAAAGGACAAUAUAUUAAUACCUACUCAGGGAAAUAAUGAUCCAUAUAUUGAGGUGCCUGAUGAACCGCCUUCAGUAGUAACCUCACAAGAUCGGAAUGAGGGUUCUCAACAAAUUAUUCAUCAUGAAUUACAUCAAGAGGCAAUGUCUACCCAAGAGAGUCAAUUGAAAGAAGCGGUCGAUCAGACGAUGGAACAUCCUCGACCACUCUCUACUCAGGACAUCCUCUAUUCAUCCUCAUCUGCUCUCCAAGUCGCACCAGUAAUGACGACACAACCAACAUCUCACCAAUCUGUUAAACAACAGAAUCAACUCUCUCAAUCAUCGACACUGAUGAUACCAACAUACCAGCCUGUUGAUCAUGACAAACCUGCGUCUAAUAAGCACGAAAGAAAUGAUGAUAUGCAAGCACCAAGGUCAAUCUUUAAUGAUCCAAAGCAAACUCAUGUACAUUCAGCAUCGCAUUCAGUUCAACUGGAACCCUCAACAAGCAAGCCAAACGAAAAUGCUCUUUCUCCACCAGAAACCAAUAUAAAGGAAUCCAUCGAUAUUCCACCUAUGACUCAUCCAACAACUGUAGAAACGUUGAAUGAACGACUGACUUCAAAAGAUGAUACAUUCCUGUCAAAUAACAAUUCUGUUAAUGUAUCGCGAGUGUUACCAACAGAGACACCAGUCGAGCGAAUUUCAAAAAUAACUGAGGAAGAAAAGCUCAAAGUCAAGACCUUUGCAUCAAGAAAUUUAAGGUACAACGAUCCAGAUGAGCUAUUUAAUUUUAAGACAGAGGAUAUUGUUGCAAGUGGUACCUCUUCCUCAGCCGUAGUAGAAAAUGUAUUUGUGGUGCCACAACUAAGUAUAGAAGAUGUUCAUGAGAUUAUUGAAGAGCAUGAGGAAUGUAAAAAAAGUGAUGGAUAUCCAAGCGAGGAAGAAGGUGAGGUUAUUCCUCAUAAAUCACAAGAACUAAUAUUCAAUGAUGACGUUGUUGUUUUCGAAUCGCCUGAAGAAGAUGCUAAGACACUUUCUAGUACUGGUAUUGACGGGUCAAGCGAUUUUGAUUUACAAGAGGCUGCAGAAUUAGCGGUUUCAACGGAACGUUUAGACGAGCAUCUCCAAAAAACAUUAAAUCUUGAGAGAGAGAAUCAACUAUUGGAGAGGGAAAUUAAACAUUUAGAGCAAGAAAUUAAAACGAAAUACAGCAAUGACGCGUUUGAGAAAGCGUUUCCUGUCGUUGAAAUACUUUCAAAGCCAAGAGGAUCAAAAUCCAUUGAACGAUAUUCUGAAACGGUCAAUAUGACAGCCGAAGCAGAAGCUCUCAAGCCACCAAUUGAAUCAAAUGAAAACGAUGAAGAUUUAAAGUUUGAAUUGGAGUUGCUGAAAAUAGUUGGAGAAGAUUUCAAGAACCGUAAAAACAAUGCCAAAGACACCGCCAGUCCACCAGAAGUAGUGACUGCCACAAUAACAACAACAAUGGUAUCAACCACACAGUUACCAAAUCAAACGCUUGCACCACCAGUGGAGCCACCCACUUUGACGGAACCUAAACAAGAUAGUUUACCUGCAGUUUCAGCCAUUUCUUCUCAGAGCCAACGAUUGGCAGAAUAUAAGGCGAGGAGAAAUGCACGUAUGAAGCAGGCGCAAAAUAUAAUUCCCAGCAUUCCAGUACUACACCCAGAACCGACAAAGUCACGAGAGGUUGUUAAAGAAAGCAAAGUUGAAAGUAAAGCUGCUCCAUCCAUAACAGAUGCUAUGAUCUCCACCACUAACAACCCUCCAACGUUACCAAACGACACGAACAACACAGAAGAAAAAAUUGCAGCUGCUAUCAUCGACAAGAAGGAAUCUACAACGCUGAACGAAACAACUACCAACUUUAAACCAACACACUCUCAAGUUCAGCUCGUUGAUACCACACAAGAGCUCAACAUUCAACAUAUUUCACCAAUCAAAACUCGUUCAGACAAAGCGUUCUCCCCAAUUAAGGCUUCCCCCAAUCGAAAAAAUAUUAGCAGGUCUAUGGACAAAUCGUCCACCUUCAUUGCAAAGGAAGAUGUUGACCACCCCUCAUUUAGUAAGCAUGAAACGUUGUCGAGAGUGACCUACUUGGAAAAAUUUAUGAAAGAUUUAAAACGUAAAAAACAAGAAGAAUUUGAUGCUUUUGAAACAAAGUUCGCUGAACUUAGGGCAUAUUUUGAAAAGCAAUUAGAAGCUCGAGACAAUGCAGUACAUCACUUAACUCAUCAAAACCGAAUGCUGAAAGAAAAGUUAACUCUCACUCAAUCUCAAAUUGAUGACUUAUCAAUGGUCAUUGAACAUAUUUUAGAGUCUCAAGAAAAGAUGGAAGAAGCCAUUUCGGUGAACAAUAGUAAGGUGAUAACUCCAAAAAAGGGAAGUAAUGAAAUGGAAGAUGAACCUGUGUCUCCUGUCUCUGGAGGUGGAAUAGGCCCAUUUCCAUCUACGAGUGGUGAAAUUCAUCAUCAAGAAGAUUCAACCACUGUACAACAAGGACCAAUCACGAGUGACUCUCUCCCUCUUCUUUCACCAAGCACGAUAAAGAAGCGUUUUAAUAGAGAUUUCGAGGAUGAAAGAGAUACCUUACUCGAAACACCAAAACUUUUAAAUAUCCAAGAGGGUAUUAGUGUUGGGCUCAGUAAUGAUGGAGAUGUGUAUUUAUCAAUUGGAAAAUCGAGUGUUCCUUUAGGCGAAUAUAUUAAGACACUGUAA